UAGGGAUUGAGAAGUGAGGACCGGACUAUAAAAUAAGGUUCGAUUCGUACUCGACACAUCAGUCACUCUUCUUCUUUUCUCCACAAAAGAGAAUCCACCAAAUUUCGCGCACAAAAUGAAAAUGAUUUUUGUCUUUGUCGCCAUUUUGGCUUUUGCUGCUGCAGCGCCACAAGGCCAACGUCAAGAACAAGAUGUUGUUGUUGUAAAAGAACUUCUACACAAUAACAUUGGAGUUGAAGGCUAUCAGUACAAUUAUGAGCUUUCAGAUGGACAACAAAGAGAAGAAUCUGCGGAAUUAAGAAAUGCUGGAACUGAGAAUGAAGCUCUUGUUGUGAGAGGAAGUUUCUCAUGGGUCGAUGCUAAUGGUCAAUUACACAGAAUCGAUUACACUGCUGAUGAAAAUGGAUUCCAUCCAAUUGGCCAAGAUAUUCCCGUUUAAAUUGCUCCUUCAUUUUUGUGAUUAUCUUAAUUAAAAAAAAAAAAUAAAAAAUUUUCUAUUUUCAUAAAAACAA